UCCUGAUAUUUCCUCUCUGCACACUGUCCCCACCGCCGCACCAGUGCAAUGCCAAAGCUGCAACAUUAGCAACCUAAUUUUCCCAUCUUCAUAACCCUUAAGUGGGGAGACCUGUCGUACUUUCUCUUUUCUUUUUUUACUCUUCCUUCUUCCCUUUUCUCGAGCAAGCCGCAGCGGCUCUUCGGACAUGCCUAACAUCGUGCUUUUUAGCGGGAGCUCCCACCACGACCUGUCCCAGAAAGUGGCUGAUCGGCUGGGGCUGGAGCUGGGGAAAGUGAUCACGAAGAAAUUCAGCAACCAGGAGACAUGUGUGGAAAUCGGCGAAAGCGUGCGCGGCGAGGAUGUGUACAUUGUGCAGAGCGGCUGUGGCGAAAUUAACGACAACCUAAUGGAGCUGCUCAUCAUGAUCAACGCCUGCAAGAUCGCCUCCUCGUCCCGCGUCACCGCCGUCAUCCCCUGCUUCCCCUACGCCCGGCAGGAUAAGAAGGACAAGAGUCGAGCACCCAUAUCAGCCAAGCUGGUGGCAAACAUGUUGUCUGUGGCCGGCGCCGACCACAUCAUCACCAUGGACCUCCACGCCUCACAGAUCCAGGGAUUUUUCGACAUCGCUGUAGACAACCUUUACGCAGAGCCUGCUGUUCUGCAGUGGAUCCGAGAAAAUAUUCCAGAGUGGAAAAAUUGUAUCAUUGUGUCUCCAGAUGCCGGCGGAGCAAAACGCGUGACGUCCAUCGCAGACCGUCUGAACGUGGACUUUGCCCUCAUCCACAAAGAGAGGAAGAAGGCCAACGAAGUGGACCGCAUGGUGCUGGUGGGUGACGUCAAGGACCGCGUGGCCAUCCUGGUGGACGACAUGGCCGACACCUGUGGCACCAUCUGUCACGCUGCCGACAAGCUGAUCGAUGCCGGCGCGGUAAAGGUCUACGCCAUCCUCACACACGGAAUUUUCUCCGGUCCGGCUAUUUCUCGCAUCAACAGCGCCCCGUUCGAGGCCGUGGUGGUGACCAACACCAUCCCACAGGAAGAAAAGAUGAAAGCGUGCCCGAAAAUACAGGUCAUCGACAUCUCAAUGAUCCUGGCGGAGGCGAUCAGGAGAACCCACAACGGCGAGUCAGUGUCCUACCUCUUCAGCCAUGUACCCUUGUAAAGACCGAGAGAGGGCGACCCCCAGCAUGCUCUCUCUCUCUCUGCUCCCCUGUCAGGCCACUCUGCUGGCACUUCUUUGCCACAUAUCCUCCAGAAAGGCCUCGAAAAAAGGGCCCGAUGGUUUUGGGCCAACCCCAUGUGACUGUUUAAAGGUCAUGCCCACACAUUGUCUUUUGACAUUUUCACCCAGGAGACCGAGAGAAAUAUCACUUCCUUCUCUGAAGACCAAGUUUGUAUUUAUGAGUAUCUGUUGUCUUUUCUUUUUUUUCUCCUCUUGUUUCAGUUUCAGUCCUGCCGACCUUGAACACAACCGAGGCCUGGCCUUCACUUUAACCAAAGGGUCCAUUAUGUAACAUUUUGUAUUAUUUGUACCUCCUAUUGAACUCACUUUAAAUGAAGCAUUCCACUAUGUCAUGUGAUUUGAAAUAUUUUGGCCCCUUUCUGCUUCACAAGGUAAUAAAAAAUAGUUAGAAAAAAGUGAUAAAUGUGCCCCUUUUUCCCCCUCAAGUUUUUGCUUUAACAGCUGCAAAAUGUAUUAAAAUAUUAGAGCCUAACCCUUAACUAGCUAAUGCUAUAUUGAUUGUAAUAGUUUAUGCUUAGCGCCAUCAUCAGGCCACAGACGGUAGUUUAAAAAGCUUCACCACUAGUGGACAUGUGUGGAUGUGACCACAGACACAGACAAGUGUAAAAUUAGAGAACACACUUAAUUUACUCACUCUCUUCAGGGUUUUUGUAGUGAACCUCAUGAAUGUGCGAUGCAUCUUACCUCUGCAGUGUAAUUUCUCCCACAAUAAGCUGCUGUUAACCUUCUCUGUCAGUGCUAUGAAGUCCAGAGACAACUUUCCAAACUCUCCGGCAGGUCUGUUGUUAAUUAAAAGUGUCUAAUACGAGGUGUUGUGGGUGCUGUGCCCAUGUUCCAAAAGGUCAUGAAAACAAAUUGAGCCCAAAGCUUGAUUAUAGUGUUAAUACUUCAACCGUGAUUUGCUCUAAAAAAAUUGUCUAAUUGUCAUUGCAGCUGUAAUGGGUCACUUUAGUUCCAAUGAGGCAGGUUUCACUGGUUACCUGUAGGUGAUUUUUUUUUUUUUAUAUGUAACACUUCCAGUUGUUUCUUUGACAAUAAAGCUUUGACAAUGGCUUACAA